AUGAGUUCCUAUAAUAAAUGCCUCGGGUGUAAAAAAGAAGCUCUUGAGGAUAGAACCACAUUCAAAUGUGACGGAUGUAAAAGACUCAUUCAUAUCACUUGUGCAGGAGUUACAGCAACAGAGGUGAAAUGUCUACAACUAUCGUCGAGGAAAAUGAAAUAUUUUUGUGAUGAUUGUGAAGAAGGCUUAUUACAAGUACCAAUUUUGAGGAAACUUUUAGAAGAGUUACAAAUUGAAGUCGAGAAACUGAAGAAAACUAAUAUGGAUGGACUGCAAGAUAAACAACAGGAGGUUGAUAAACUCAGAAAAGAAGUCAAAGGAUUGAGGGAGCAUAGAGAUUUUGGAAAUGUGGAGAGUAUGUUCGGAGAAAUCAACGAACGAUUGAAUAGAGCAAAUAAUCUGAUGAUCUACAACGUUCCAGAAUCUAGAUCAAGGGAUCUUAAAUCAAAAAUAGAUGAUGAUAAAGAGAAAGUUAGAGAAAUAAUGCAUAUUCUUGAUAUACGUGAUGCGGAAAGCAAUAUUCUGAAAGUUCUUCGUGUUGGUCGUUCUGAUGGUUCUAGAGCUAAACCACUGAAAGUUGUGUUUUUUAAUAGUUAUCUCGUCAGAGAAAUAUUGAAAUCGAAACAGAAACUGCAGCAAUCAAAUUUUAGGAUAAGUGCAGAUCGAAAGAAAUUACAACAGGAAAUAUUCAAGAAAGUGAAAAAGGAAUUGAUGGAUAGGCAAGAAAAUGCAAACACAAAUGCUGUGACCAAUGUGAAUCACUUGAGAUCUACUGAAAAUGUGUCUACUACCGAAAAUCCAAUCAUCUCUCCUGAACCAUCAACUUCAAGUGGUUUUGCUUCCACUACUAGUCCUGUUCAGAACCAAGACCCUAUUUGCCCUAUUACUACUAACCUUCAUUUACCAGUCCUGAACCAAGACCCUACUUUUCCUAUUGCUACUACCCUUCUGUCACCUCCUGCAGAAUUCAGUACAGAAUUGAGGAAUACUUUGCCUCGUGAACUAGCAAACUGGGCUGUUAAAGGAAAUAUUCCUCAUCAUAAUUUCGAUAAACUAUUGGAAAUAUUGAAAAAGGGAUACCUCGAAUCUGAAUUUCUAAAAUUACCAUCUGAUUGUAGAACUUUGCUGAUGACAAAGCAGGAAGGUUUUGUAAUCGAUACAAAGAGUGGAAAAUAUUUUUAUUUUGGCAUAUUGUAUGUGCUGAAUUCUAACAAGAUUGAUGCUGAAGUGAUACCAAAUACUUUAGAAAUUGACAUCAAUGUAGAUGGUCUUCCUUUAGCAAAGACCUCGAAGAGUCAAUUCUGGCCUAUUUUAGGUAGUAUUUCCAACUUAUAUUGUAAUUCACCUUUUGUCAUAGGAGUCUACCAUGGUUAUGGAAAACCUGAGACUGCUGAUGAGCUCUUGGACAGUUUUAUUACCGAAUUUUUGCACAUAGCCAAUGUUGGCAUUACUUAUAAAUGUAAAAAACUUGCACACCUAAAAGAUUCAUGUUGGUGGCCAUCAAAGAAAGACAAGGAGAGGAAAUUCAUUAAAGGAGCAGUGGAUCCAGAGAAAGAUUGGACUUUAUUAGAAAACGUUAAAGUUUUAGGACACUACACCACAUACAAGGAGGCUUUCAUCAUGAAGGCAAGAUGGCUAAGGCUGAUCAGGAAAGUGAGGCAGAUUCCGAUAUCAAUAAAAUACAAAAGAGAAGAAAAAAACCAAAUCGAAAAUAUCGAGAUGAUUCUAUAUCACCUCCUCCCAGUAUUAUUGAUGCCAGUCCCAGCAAUGACUGAUGAUGAUACCACUGAGACCAGUUCUGUCAACAGCUGUGUUGAUAUCAAUUCAGCAGGAGUUAUUUUUUCUAGUAUAAGUAAUGAUGACCAAUUGAAAGAUACCCAGACAAAUGAGAAUUUGUUGCAUGCAGAACAGAUAGAAAAUGUUCUGCCUGUGAACGAAACUGAAAGCACAGUAAUCCACAGAUUUAAUUUAACAAGUGCCACAGAACUUCCUGUGAAGAGUAUCAAGGAUUCACAAGAAAUUGAAAACCAACUGAAUAAUGAUGGGGAUUAUAAAAAGAAACUUAUAAAAGCAACUGUAUAUUGAAGUUGCAGUGGAUCAAAGCAGGUGAAUGAAAUCCAUAACUACAGUGAAUUCUCCGAAGACAAUGAUGAUAGUGGGAAGCAGCCUAUGCCAAGUGAAUAUGUAUCAAAUAUAGUUGCCGGUGGAUCCAAGCAGGGAAAUGAAAUUCUUAACUACAGUGACUUUUCUGAAGAUGAUGAUGAUAGUGACAAGGACAAAAACUACGACCCUGGAGAUGCAGAUGCUGUAUCUAGUGAGGAGGAUGCUGAUGUUUCCAACACUGUUUCCCGAAGAAAUCUAGCAAAAAGAAGAAGAACGGACGUCAGUGCUGCAGAAAUAUCUACAUCAGAACCAAAUCAACUGUCAGGAGGGAAUACAAAAAUGGUGUUUAUUCUAGAAGAAAAAAGCUGA